AUGGCCGACGAGAAAAAGGAGACCGUCAUCGACGGCCACGUCCCCGACGAGACGGUCAACCGCGGCAAGACCAUCGGCGACACUGGCACCGCGUCGUCCAACGAAUUUGACGAGACAUACGAUGUCUACGCCCAGCAACACGCGGCGUCUGUCGAUCCGGCCGAGGCGCGGCGCGUGCUGCGGGCGAUUGACUGGCACAUCCUGCCGCUGCUCAUGGGCUCGUACAUGCUGCAGUACCUGGACAAGUCGAGCAUCAACUUUGCCAGCGUCUACGGGCUGCAGGCCGGCACGCACCUGCACGGCCAGCAGUAUUCGUGGCUGGCGUCCAUUUUCUAUUUUGGCUACUUGGUCGCGCAAUAUCCGGCCGGCUACCUUCUCCAGCGCUACCCGGCCGGCCGCUUCCUCGGCGCCAGCAUGCUCGGCUGGAGUGUUUUGCUGCUCACGACGCCGGCGUGCCGCAACUUUACAGGCAUCGCGACCAACCGGUUUCUGCUGGGCGUCACCGAGGCCGUCGUCAAUCUCGGGUUUGUGCUCAUCCUGUCCAUGUGGUACACGCGCGACGAGCAGCCGCUGCGGCUGGUGGCCUACUACUGCAUGAACGGCGUCGCGGGCAUCUUCGGCGGGCUGCUGGGCUACGCCAUCGGCCACAUCACGACGGGGCUGGCGCAGUGGCAGUACGUGUUUCUGAUUUUCGGGGCCGUCUCGUUCGUCUGGGCCGUCGUGUUCCUGGCGGCCAUGCCCGACCUGCCGACGACGGCGCGCUUCCUCGACCGGCGCGCCGCCGUCGUCGCCGUCGAGCGCGUCGCCGCCAACCACCAGGGCGUCAAGAACCACCACUUCAAGGCGUACCAGCUGUGGCAGACGCUGCGCGACCCCAAGACGUGGAUCCUCUUCUUCAUGUCCGUGGCCGCGCAGAUCCCCAACGCGGCCCAGUCGUCCUUUACGUCCAUUGUCCUCCAGACGUUUGGCUUCACCACGCUGCAGACGCAGUACAUGCAGAUCCCCGGCAACGUCGUCCAGAUUGUGUCCCUGCUGGCCUCGGGCUACGUCUGCAGCCGCUGGCCCAACAUGCGCUGCCUCGCCAUGCUGUCUGGCAAUCUCGUGUGCGUUGUUGCCGCCGGCGUCUUGGUCGGGCUCGAUCCCGGCCCGGACGGCACAGGCAACAAAUGGGGCCGCCUCGUCGCCGUCUGGCUGCUGUCGUUCAUCUCCGUCGGCUUCAGCCUCAGCCUCACCAUGGUCAGCAGCAACGUCGCCGGCUACACCAAGAAGCAGCUGACGGGCGCCUUUGUCUUUGUCGGCUACUGCGUCGGCAACAUUAUUGGGCCCCAGACCUUUCGCGCCUCCGAGGCGCCGCUGUACCGCUCGGCCUAUAUUGCGAUCCUCAUUGGCUUCUCGUUCAAGACCAUCUUCGGCCUCGUCCUCUAUGCCUACAUGUGGGCCGUCAACCGGAAACGCGACCGCGCCGCCGCCGACGACCCGCGCUCGCCCGAAGAACGCGCGCAGAGCGCCGUCGAAAAGGGCAUGCGCGACAUCACGGAGCUCGACAAUGCAGACUUUCGAUAUGCUUUGUAA